AUGGCGAACCCAAGACCUGCCGGUCUAUUUCUCCCCCAAAAAUUCUUCCCCAAACCCUUCUUCUUCUUUACUAUUUCUCUUCCCCAAUUCCCUUCUCUACUUCUAAUCCCCAUCCCUCUCCUCUCUGUUUCUCUCUCUCGAUCCCCAACUCUUCUCUGUCACUCUCUCUACCUAUCUCUCUCUUCCCCUCUUAUCUCUAUUCUCAAUUCCUUUACCUUAAUCCUCAGCUCAACAUAUUACCAUCAUCUCCAAUCCCAGCUGAUCCUCAAUUGGAUAUCAACGGAGGCUAGAUUGGAUCAGGAAGGCCAAUUAAGAGCUCAUCAUCAUCCCCAAUUUAGCCUUACCCUUAUUGAGGUAAUUCAUCGGGUUGCUAAAUUGAGUCCGGGAUAUUACAACCUCAUCCUCCAUUAUCUCCACCGCCACCCCCAAUUUCUCCGAACUCCACGCCCUAGCCAUUGGGGCCACCAAAACCCUAAUCUCCGCGUCGCAAUCGAGUGCGGCGUGCGCCGUGUCGUCUACACCGGCUCCGCCGCAGUUGCCUUCGACGGCUCCCGCGACGUCGUGCUCGGCGACGGGUCCAUGCCCUACCCCGAUAAGUAUGCGGACGUUUUGGACGAGCCGAGGGUGCAGGUGGAGAUGAUGGUGUUGGACGCGAACUGGAGGGGUGGUAUAUGUACGUAUCUGGUGUUCUUUUUGGAAUGUCAAAUACUUUGGGUGAUGGUUGUGUUUUUCGGUGUUUGUGGUCCCUUGCAUUGGAUUGUUGCUUUUGUAUGUGACGUUUUGUUUGAAUGUAAAUGCCUCUUAAUUUUCUUGGUCAAUAUUCUCCUUCUAUCAUACUAUUUAUGAUCUUUCUGUAGUUUGUGCUUAAAAUCCAAAAUUUGUAUAUACAACCUUCUAAAAAUAGGGUUGGAGCUAUCUGUUGAAAAAUAUAUUCAACAGAGAUUUGGCAA